CUUACUUAAUAGAUGAUCUCAGCUGAGGUUGUUCGACGCUCGUGGUCUCUCUUUUCGGUCUAUUCUCUCAUUAAAAGUGAUUGUUUUUUUUUUUGGUCCUUCGUCUGAAGACAAUCAUUCACUUUGUCAUGUCGUUGGAAAAAGAAGAUGGUGCUGUGGAAAAACUUAUGGAGGAGGGAAAAAAGAAAGUGGAUAAUGAUGGCGACAAGUAUGAUGAGCUAAACAAAUUGGAGUUAUCCGAUCAUGCAGAAACUGCAUACGCAGGCAUGGGUAAAGAAGAACUCAUGAAGUAUGCUAACAGUCCAUUUUGGGUGCGACUAAGGUGGUUGUUGUUUGUUACAUUUUGGCUUUCAUGGUUUGCUAUGAUGUUUGGUGCACUAUUCAUCAUAUUCUUCACUCCUAAAUGUUUCCCGUCUUCUAAACAUGAAUGGUAUCAGAAAAGUCCAGUCUACAUUAUUAAUGCAUCUUCUCUUGCCAAUGAAAGUAAUUUUGAUGAGAAAAUUGAAUACCUGCAAAACUUGGGUGUUCAAAAUGUAGUAUUGACAUCAGUGUUUCAAGCUGAUGGAGAUAAAGUUAUAGAUUUUAAGCAAGUAAAUAGUUUUUUGGGAAAUAAUGUAACAAUGAAAGAUCUAAUUAAAAAUUUAAAAACUAAAGGUAUGAAAGUAAUGUUGAAAUUAGUUCCUAAUCAUUCUUCAAAGUUAAACGUGAUGUUUGUACGAUCAGUUCUAAAAGAAAAAUAUUACGACAAUUAUUACAUUUGGAAUCCUGGUAAAGAUAUGGGUGAUGAUAAACAUUAUCCUAUUAACAAUUGGUUGAGUGUAACUGGAGAAUCUGCCUGGAGUUGGGAUGUAAAUCGAAAAGAGUUUUAUCUUCACAAGUUCUCUGCAGAUGAGCCAGACUUUAAUUUCCGCAAUGAAGAUGUUGUAAAAUAUUUUGAGGAAGUGUUUAAGUAUUGGUUGGAUAUGGGAGUUGAUGGAUUGUACUUGGAUAAAGUUCAAUAUUUGUUUGAGGAUAAAAAUUUAAAAAAUGAUACUGUUAUUACACCAAAUAUGAACUUAAAGUAUGAUUCUCUUAAUCAUAAAGCCACAUCUAACCUUCCAGAAACCAAUGAGUUGUUAUCACGUUGGGGUGAUUUAAUAAGAAAUUAUUCUGGAGUAUUGAUUGUAAGUGACCUUGAUUCUAAGGAUAUUAAAGGAAUAAAUAUGAUUCAUAGUUCUGUGCCUUUGACAUCUAAUUUUACUGGAGAACAAUUACUUCAUGCUAUUUUAUCUAAAACAACUAUGCCAUCUUCUUCAUGGUCUUCUUGGGAAUGGGUAUGCACUGAUAAACCAAAUUGCUGGAAAAAUGAAAUGAUUGAUGCAUUCAAUAUUCUUGGUUCAUUGUUACCUGGUGUUCCAUUUAUUAAUGCUGACCCUAAAAUCUUUGAAAAUAACAAUAUACCAAAUAUAACAUUUAUUCAAAGCACUCUAAAAGAAUUACGGUCAAUGCCUACGAUUGAAUUUGGUUCCUUUAAUGCCAAACUAUUAAAUAAUUAUACAGUAUUCGCUUUUGAUAGGGUAAUGAGUGGUUCAGAAAGCCUUUUAUUUGCCUGGAAUUUAAGUCAAAAUGUUACUGUUCUAAACUUAAAUUCAUUUGAUGGAAUUCCUGCAGAAGUAAAUUUAUCACUCUGUACUGAAACUGCCUGCUCCAUACUUCCUUCUCCUAAUUCAAAAGUCAACAGCAAUGAAUUGAGGCUUGCUGGUGAAUCUGCUGUGGUUUUGACUUUUUAAAUGGUUAAAUAUGCCUAGCAUAUUAAUAACAUUUAUUGAAACCAGUGAACAAAAUCAUUAAUCUUUUGCUUAAGUAUUAAUAUUAAUAAUAAUAACUUAU